AUGCUAUCGAAGAUAAAAACUGUCCAGCGUAUUAGAGGUCGGUAUUUUCCCGUUUACAGAGCUUCCGGAAGUCAAUUACGUUGGGUUUCUACUCUUCUUGAAAAAGACCCUAAUCUGAUAACCGUUGACGAUAUCAAGAAAUCGAGCCUAAAUAACGAAAAUCAGCAAGAGCUGGAUAUUGAAGGAAGAAUAAAUUUGAUCAAAACGAUCGGAUCAUCGAAGAAUGAGGAUAAACAGGCUUUGAUAAACGAACUUAUUCCUAAUUUUUCAGUCUAUUUCAGACUUCAAAAUCUUCAAGAAGAGCCAGCUAUAAAUACCAAAGAACUUCUAGGACGUUUGAUAGAUGUGAACCCAGGAAGAGUUCUUAACUCAUGGGAGUUAUUCAAGAAAUACGAGCAUUUGGUAGAAGAAAUAGACCAUCAGUUGAUUAAUUCGCUAUUUGAGAAGUUGCUUAACGGUGAGAAGCUGGAAAUCUCAGAUGACCCCAACGACGCCAAAUACAAAAUUACGAUGGAAAAUUUGGAGAAAAUCAAGUACUUAUUGCAAACUUACACCAGAAGUAGCGAUUCCUACAACUCUACCUUGAUGAAAUUGGUAGACAGAUUAGUAGAGGAUGAGUAUGUGGUUUUCAUCAAUUUCUUACUACAUGAAGAGCUUUUGUCUUCAGAAUUCUUAAUUAACCAUUUAUCUACAAGUAAGACAACUUCAAAUAUUUCCAAUUAUGCCUACUUGUCUAUUUUCAAAAAGGUUUUCGAUAUUACCCCUGAACUUCUAAAUAAGGAGCAAUUGGUUUCAGCCUUGGAUAUUCUUGGAAAUAGUAAUGUUCUUGAGGAAAUUAAUAAAAGUCAGGAUAAGCUUGCAAGUGAAAUUGCAGACUCAGCAUCUUUCAAGUUUGUUCACAGUCCUUUGGACCUUGGACAGUUACGUUCAGACAUUCUCAAGUACAUUGAAGUCAACUUGUUAGAUUUAGAUAAAUCGCCGGAGAGUCUUUUGAUAAGAUUGAAACUCAUAGAAGCCAUUGGAAUAGAGAAUAACGACCUUGAUAAUGUACUCAAGAAAUACCACACCUAUCAGACCCACGAGAAGUUUGGCAUUGAGUUAGUUCAAACCAAGCUUUUACAAGCAUUUGUAUACCAGGCUAUUAAUCUCGAUAAUGAAUCCUUUGUUACCAUUGCAGAAACUUUGCAACCCACAGAUAACCAUGGAUUACCCGUUAAGGUACUACAAUUGUUGAUGAUUGCACAUGCCAACUUUGACUCCGAGAAGUCCUUGAGAUACUACAACGACUACAUUCAACGUGUCUCUAAGGGCAUCAAUGAACACACAAAGAGAUCAGCUUCUGGAUUGCUCACUGAGUCAUUAAUCUUGUCUCAGCUUUAUGGAAACGACAGAAACUUUGCCACGUUGGUUUUUGAAAUGGCUAUCGACAAGGGGGUGAUUAGCGACGAGCUAGAAAUCAGUCUAAUCAAGAAGCUAUUCAAAGUGUAUGGUGAAUCGUUCGUAGAAGAUGAUGAUUGGGAAAAGGCAAAAAAGAAUCUUAAAACUUAUGUCUUGGAUUAUGUAAAGAAGUUGUAA